AUGCUGCGUAUUAACCCUCCUAUGCACUGCACUCGAGCGAUUAGGGAGAAGAUUCGCUCGUUGGCAAAUCUAGUGAUAACAGGUGGCCACUAUAUACUCCCAACAUCGCUCCGAUACGGGAAUUCGAACGGCAGUCUAUACCCGCCUCACUGUACUCCUAAACCUCUUCGGACUAGCUCUGGACAAACAAACUGUAGCCUCGGUCACUCCAAUUUGUCCUCGCUUUACACCGACCUCGUCCUCAACGCGACAGGCCCAAAAGUCGUCCUCCUGCCAAGCUCGUGGGGAAAACGCAGCAGCGAGAAUGCUGGAAAACAGAAGGAAGCCCAUGCGGGCUCGUUCCUCUCACCAUCAUCGUGGCCCCACCCCCGACCAAUGUGGCUUCGGGGGUUAGUCUCGGCCGCGGGGGGACUCUCAGCAGCUGUAGUGGGGAAGUUGCCGCCCAACCAUAUUCACUCUCAGACGAGAAGGCUGCUAGAUCGUGCUGCCAUAUGUAUUAUGAGAAGGCAAUGAUGGUGAGUGCCUUGUUCCCAAGUACUGCGCUAAAUGGAAACUCGAUGGGCGGGAGCAUACUCCCCCACCUAGUCGGCGCAAGUAGAGGGAGUUUAGCGGUUGAAGGGAUUGUGAGGCCCAGACUGCCAGUCCUUUGGGUUGGUAGGUCGAUAAUCCUAAGGAGGAGGAGGAGGAGGAAGUAGAAGGAGACGACUAG